AUGGAAAAGAAGGAUAAAAAAUCAAAAACUGUUUGGGAAGAAAAUCUGAGGAAACAACUUGAGAAAAAGAGAGCCAGAAGAAAUAAAUCGAAGUACUCAUCAGAUGAUGAUGAUGAUAGUGAUAAUACUGUUCAAGAAGCAACUGAAGAAGCAGAAGACUUCUUCAUGGGGGAACCUGAUAUUACGAAGAAGAAGAAGAAAAAGAAGGCAGAAAGUAAAAAUGACAAAGAUCAGAAGCUUCAAGAUUUGGAUGGGGUAAGCAAAGAAGAGCUUGAACUAUUGCUUGCUGAUGACAAGGGGACAGAUACUGUGCAUAUGAGGAUCCACGUUUUGCAUCUAUUUACUCACCUGACUUUGCUAUUGAUCCCACCCGAUCCACAAUUUAAAAGGAGCGCGGUCUAUGUGAGGCAGCUGGCACAGAAGCAGCAGAAGGGUCAUAUGGAAUUACCGGCAGAAAAGGAGCACACAAAGUUGCCGAAAGAAACAAAGUUGCCUUCUGGGAGGGAGAAAAGGAGGCAAUAA